AGCCCUUCAAAGUUCAACAACAACAACAUCGUCAAUAACCUUGAACCUUCUGCCAUCUACACCCAUACCUACCUCCCUGCCCAUUUUCAUCAGCUCUUUCUUCCUGCCUUUCACCAGGUUCUUGCUUCUAACCAAACCUCGGCCUUCAUUAGCUUCUACAUGGGUUUCCGCUAGAACUAAGUUUCAGACGGGUAUUGGCAUACCUUGGAUCUCCAUACCUUUCGCUCGAGAUCAUUUGAAUAUUUACAACACCACACUCCAUCACCCAAAUCAUCACACGCUGGCCGUACAGUCUCUUCAACAUCAUACCAUUGUCGUUACCGCGGCACUUCAAACGGCAGUUAACAUUGAUCUUUUUCCAAAUCUCCUUCUGGCUCUAUUGCUUCUGCAUCCAAAAAUCAAUUGAAUCUCACGUAUUACAAUCAGCUCGUGCAGGGUUGGAAAUCUGGUGGCGUCAAGUACAUUCACUUCGGGGUGCAUUUCCCCUGCAGGAGGUUGCGUCAACCCCGAUAUCGAAAAUAGCCAUUCGACCAUUUGGAGGUACCACAAUUGAGGAAUACAGUGUACCACAGAUCUGCAGUCAAAAGAACAAAUACCAUCCAUCUAUUUACAAAAGGAACAUUCCAGCAAUACAUAUUCUUCAAUUUUCUAUCAUCUUGUCCGGCUUCACAACAUCGAGGCUGCGGGGUCGUUUAUGAGGUCAUCAUGUUAAGAUCAAUUCGAGGUUUACUUGCAGGAUUGUUACCAAAUACCAAUGAAUCAGACUACGAAUUAAUCCACACUUAUGGAAAUUCCUCACCAACAUUAACAACUUGCACUACCAAGGAUGAUACAUUCUCUCAAUGGAGAUUAUCUUUCACCCGCUUCCUCUUCUUCCUUAUACCUUCCCCUAUACAACGACGACUUCAACCGGCUCAUUUCAAGCCUCAUCGGUUAUACCCAACAUCCUAUCUCGAUGGACUUCGUGGAGUUGCUUCUCUGUUUGUUUUCUUUUGCCAUUACACCGAGGAAAAUGUACAGUCCAUGGUACCAUCAUAUGGCUUGCCCAUAGAUGAUCCUGUUCCAUCUUCUUUCAUGCAACUUCCUUUUUUUCGAGUAAUUUACAGCGGACGACCCAUGGUUCAUAUCUUCUUCGUCAUAUCUGGAUUCGUUCUUUCUUUAAAGCCUUUGAAAUUAGCUCGAGCACAUAACUAUGCGGAUCUUCAAACAACUUUAUCCUCAUCUGUCUUUCGUCGGGGUAUGCGACUUUUCUUACCCACGACCGCCUCUACGUUCAUGGUUAUGAUAUUCAUUCGAAUGCGCUGGGUCAGGGUUGAAGGACUAGAGACAUUCUCAGUACAAUUUAUGGACUGGAUGCAUGCGAUUUGGACGAUAGGCUAUUCUUGGGAUUGGGAUAAAAUGUGGUGGCCAAAGUACGAUGUUCAUGUCUGGACUAUUCCCAUUGAGAUGGCACAAUCCAUGCUUCUCUUUGUCAGUAUUACCGGCUUAGCCAGAUGCAAGGUUUGGAUCCGUCUCUUCAUGUUCGUGGUCAUUAUGUUUUAUAGUUUGAAGUGUGGACGUUGGGCUGCAUUCGAAUUCAUUGGUGGCGCGCUGGUGGCAGAAGUGGGACUUAUUCAACAAGCGCGAGCUGAACAAGAUCCCAACAAAGAGAUGUCGGCCUCGGAUGAAGAAUCUUGUAAUUCAUGGAAAACAUCAGCAGUCUAUGCAUUCUGGACUACGAACUUCAUUUUUGCCAUGUGGAUUGCAGGAUGGCCAAACCAUGAUGUACUGAAGACUCCCGGACUCAGUGAAGUCGCACUUUAUACGAUAGAGCCAUACUGGUCUCGAAAACGAGAGGAGGAACAAGCAUUCUCUUGGUUUGCAUUGGGGGCCAUGCAAGUUGUUUUUGCUUGUCAGCAACUUCCUCUACUGCAGAAGUUCUUCACGUCGGGCCCAGCGCAAUACCUUGCCAACGUUUCAUAUGCAUUAUACCUUAUGCACGGGCCUUUUCUCGACGUAUUUGCUCAUCGGUGGAUGCCAUAUGUGUGGUGGGCUGUAGGUGGACGAGAAAAUAGUGGUAUGUGGUCACGAACGUUUGCUUGGUGGGGUGGGAUGCUAGGGCUGGCAAUACCCAUCUUCUGGGCAGCAGAUAUUUUUUGGAGAGCCGUGGAUAUUCCCUCUGUAGAAUUUGCAAAAUGGUUAGAAGGGAAAUGCAUAGUGAAAGAGGAUUGACGACAUGAUAUGGAAGGGGAUUGAUUGAGGGUAUAUCUUGGGAGCAUUUGCGAGGCGUUGAUAGAUAUCUUGGGAUGUAAAAGGCGUAUGAUGGAUGAAUGGGAAAAUUCUAGGUAUUUUUUUGGACGGAAUAGAAGUUUAAAAAUGGCCAUGGUAUUACAUGUACAGUAUAUCCGUUAGCGGGAGUUAGAUCGGCCAUAUUAAAAGAGAUUGAUUUGGAUUCAUAGAUAGAAAAAUGCCCUAGAGGAAAGCACCUAAAG